AUCAGUGAGUUUUUGGCCAACUUUGAGCAGUCAUAACUCCUAGCUCAGGAUGAGUUAGGAGUAGUUCCAGUUAUGGUUUCGAAGCUUGUGGAACGAUCUUUCCAACGCCACUGAGUUUGCUCAAUUCCGAGUUCGUAUGAGCGAGUUAUGAUCUUUGAAAGUUGGGCAGUUGGCAGGGAUUCCGUUCCGGAAAUUUAAGGGCAUUUUGGUCUUUUCACAAAUCAUUUCUUUUGAGCUUAUAUUGUUGUAUUAGGCUGAUAUUUGGAUCAUUCUGUCCCAUUUUGAAAGAGAAAGAGUUAGGGUUCAAGAGAAGAAGAAGAGAAGAAGGAGAAGAAGAAGAGAAGAAAGAGGAGAUCAACAAGAUUGGUCAAGAUCAUUGUGGAUUUUCGUCGGGGGUGAUCCCUAUCAAGAUUCAGGUACCCCGGAUCAGCAUCCUGCACGUCGUUGAUCCAGCUGAGCACUCCAGAGUCAGUGAUAGUCAUGCCUCCACGAAGAGUUGGUAGAGGGCGUCUUCCUAGACGUUAUGUUGAUGAGCAAGAGUUACCCUAUGCACCGGGAGUGCAAGAUCAAGGGGAAGUUUCUAAUGCCGAGUUCAGAGAGGCAAUUAGAAUGUUGAGUCAAGCUGUAGCAAAUCAGAUUGGUCAGCAAAGAGGAGCUCGACAUGAAGGAGCUGACACUUCAAGGAUUCGUGAGUUCUUGGGGAUGAAUCCUCCGAGUUUCAUGGGUUCGAGCACUACUGAGGAUCCAGAGGAUUUCAUUGAGGAGUUGAAGAAGAUUUUUGAUGUGAUGCAUGUGGCAGAUAUUGAGCGGGUUGAACUAGCUGCUUAUCAAUUGAAGGAUGUUGCUAGAACUUGGUUCGACCAGUGGAAAGGGGGCAGAGCUGAGAAUGCACCACCUGCAAGUUGGGCCGGUUUUGAGGAAGCUUUCUUGGGGCAUUUCUUUCCUCGAGAAUUGAGAGAGGCCAAGGUACGUGAGUUCCUCACACUUAAGCAGGAGUCCUUGAGUGUUCAUGAGUACAGUUUGAAGUUCACACAAUUAUCCCGCUAUGCUCCGGAGAUGGUUGCGGACAUGAGGAAUAGAAUGAGCUUGUUUGUUGCUGGGCUGUCUCGGUUGUCGAGCAAGGAAGGUAGGGCUGCAAUGCUUAUCGGGGACAUGGACAUAUCAAGGUUGAUGGUUUAUGUGCAGCAGGUUGAGGAAGAGAAGCUGAGGGACAGAGAAGAGUUCAGAAAUAAGAGAGCUAAGAUCGGGAACGAGUCCGGGCAGCAGAGAGGUAAUUCAAACCGUUCCUCCUUUCAGCAAAGGCAAAAGGGACCUGCUCCAUCAUUUGCUAGAGCACCUGCACCCAGAUACAGAGGUGAAUUUAAUGUUCAGAAUUCGAAGGACUUCAGGGCUAGACCAGCACAAUCUUCGGGUAGUGUGGCGCAAGGGAGUAGUAAGCCUCCUGUCUGCGCCAAAUGUGGUAGGAACCACUCAGGUAUUUGUCGAGAGGGCUCCAUUGGUUGUUUCAGGUGUGGUCAGAAUGGACAUUUCAUGCGAGAGUGUCCAAAGAAUAGGCAGGGUAAUGGAAGCAAUAAAGCACAGUCUUCUUCAGAGGAAUUCCGGGUAGAUCAUCAGGAAAAACUUCUGAAAACUCUCUUCCUCUAG